UUUUGUUUGUCCUGCAGGCUUAGGGUUUGCGAGAUUUAGGGUUUCUCUUAGGUCGCGCCCUCUUUCGAUCCCUGUCUCUCUCUCUCUCUGUUGAUCCUUCUGUCUGUUGUUGCGGCGAAGAAUGGGGGAAGCAAGAGACAACGACAACUACCAGGAGGAGCUCAUCGAUUAUGAGGAGGAAGAAGAGUUGGCUGCUGACGCCGUCGCCACCAAGGGCGCUGGAGAAUCGGCGAAGAAAGGUUAUGUUGGCAUCCAUAGUUCAGGAUUUCGAGACUUCCUAUUGAAACCAGAGCUUCUUCGAGCUAUAGUAGAUUGUGGGUUUGAACAUCCUUCCGAAGUGCAACACGAGUGCAUCCCGCAGGCGAUUCUAGGAAUGGAUGUUAUCUGCCAAGCAAAGUCUGGGAUGGGGAAAACUGCUGUCUUCGUUCUGUCAACCUUGCAGCAGAUUGAGCCAGUUGCAGGUCAAGUUGCAGCACUUGUUUUAUGCCAUACGAGGGAGUUGGCUUACCAGAUCUGCAAUGAGUUUGAAAGAUUCAGCACAUACCUGACAGAUAUUAAGGUGGCUGUAUUUUAUGGUGGUGUGAACAUCAAAAUACACAAAGAUCUAUUGAAAAAUGAGUGCCCACACAUUGUUGUUGGCACACCCGGGAGAAUUUUGGCUCUGGCUAGGGAUAGGGACCUUGCUUUGAAGAAUGUGAGGCACUUCAUUCUUGAUGAAUGUGACAAAAUGCUCGAGUCACUUGAUAUGCGGAGAGACGUGCAAGAGAUCUUCAAGAUGACCCCUCAUGAUAAACAAGUGAUGAUGUUUUCUGCAACACUCAGCAAAGAAAUCCGCCCUGUUUGCAAGAAGUUUAUGCAAGAUCCAAUGGAAAUUUAUGUGGAUGAUGAAGCCAAGUUGACACUCCACGGUCUUGUUCAGCAUUACAUAAAGUUGAGCGAAUUGGAAAAGAACCGCAAGUUGAAUGACCUCCUAGAUGCAUUGGAUUUCAAUCAAGUUGUUAUCUUUGUGAAAAGUGUUAGCAGAGCAGCUGAACUUAACAAAUUGCUUGUGGAGUGCAAUUUCCCUUCCAUUUGCAUUCAUUCUGGCAUGUCUCAGGAAGAGAGAUUGACGAGGUACAAAGGCUUCAAAGAGGGUCACAAAAGGAUUCUUGUUGCGACUGAUCUGGUUGGCAGGGGCAUAGAUAUUGAGCGCGUGAACAUUGUAAUCAACUAUGAUAUGCCUGACUCUGCAGACACAUACCUACACAGGGUUGGCAGAGCUGGCCGGUUUGGCACAAAGGGUCUUGCAAUCACUUUUGUAUCCUCAGCCUCUGAUUCUGAUGUUCUAAAUCAGGUCCAAGAAAGGUUUGAAGUAGAUAUAAAGGAGUUGCCAGAGGAAAUCGAUAGUUCAACAUAUAUGCAAUCGUGAGGCUGAACAUCUGAAGGCUUGUUGCCCUCCUGCAUGUAGCUGAGAAGGUUCGGUGCUGUGGCCAUUGGGAAAUCAUCAAUGUAUUUAUGCACACCCUGGAGCUCAUUUGGUGACGCUGUAAUCAACUUCUUAAGCAAUAGCUCGUGUACUCUUAGGAUUUUGUCAGAUAUCUACUUAAGAGAUAUGCUUACCCUCUGACAGUCUGUAGAACACAUUUCAUGUGGAUUAGGGCUUUUAGCAUUGUGAGUUACAUUUUCUGUUCAAUUCUUAAUUAGCCUUUGGCAUUUGAAGUUA